AUGGCAACACAAUUAUUACCUUAUUUGGACGAUAUCACAACACUUCAAGAACGUCUUGACGUUGUUCGCCAGUACAUCUUUCUUUUUGAAGAUCCAACAGCCUCAACACCUCAGAAAAAAGACGACGAAAAAACACCAGAAAUGCCUAAGGAUGUUGCACCAACAUCCGAUUACCCAGAUCACCUCAAUGAUAACAUUAAAGACGUCUUGUCGUUCAUUCUUCCUUUAAUCGGAAAAGAAGAACCCUCCCUCAAAAACACGCCUGACCAUCUCUUUCUCCUUCUCUCAACUUCAGACGCGUGUGUGGUCCCCCUUCUUCGUCUCGAGUUUCACAAGACUGUUUUAAACCUUCUUAAAACCCCAUCUGACGACUUUUUGGAGGCAAUUGCGUACUUCAUGUUACAUGGAUUACCAUGCCCACAGUUGGCGCCUAUCAUAUCACAAAGACUUUGCGAAUUAUUGAAAGAAACGAGAAACGGCGAAAUGACUGAAAUGAAGCCAAAUCGCAGACUUUCAUUGUUGUCUGCUGUUGGAACACUUUCGCAUCGAGGAUUAUUGAAUGCUGCUGGUGUCAAUUCAGACGGCGUUCUUUGCCAAAUCAUGAAAAAUGGUAUUCCAGACGAUUUGCCAACUCUUCACACGACGGUGAGAUGUAUAGCCGGUCUCGUGAAACACACAGACAACAUCUUUACUGUCAAAGAUGUGUUCAAUUUUGCCGUUGAGAAACUCAAGAAUGGCUGCGACCUUCGGACGGAGAUUCACUUGCACUCAAUAGUUUCGACUUGCGCUCGAAUGCCACAAAUUGCUCAAGAAGUUCUUACAACUCCCGUGUACUUCUCAAUCAUCCAGAGUUAUGUUAAGUCGAAGCCAUCAAGAUACAGCAGUGUUGAUAUUCGUUACUUUGCACUUCAAACCCUAAUCAUCGCACUUUCAAGAGUCACUGAGAUACAAGAAGAAACUAUCAAAAUGUGUGAGUCAGUAGUUUUAGCAUUACCAUCACAACCCCUCUUUGCCCAUUUGGGUGCCGAUGUCUCAGGAGGACAGCACCCACAGAUGUUAGGAGUUAUCGGGUUAAAGGCACUAUGUAUGAUACUCAUGAGAAUGUUAAGUUCGAAGUGCAAGAGUGAGUUGCUCUACACUCAUAUCAAACGAAUUUCAGUGGAGAACGUUAUUGCAACCAUAGGAAGGUGUACCAUUAUAGACGAAGAGUCUGACGACAAGCCUCCUGUAGUCAAAACAGAAAUCAAGAAUGAUAGAGAAACAGCACUUUACUGGGGUUUAGUUCUGAUUCAGAAGAUGUUUGCAUAUGAACAGAUGAUGGGCAAAAACGACGUUAAAACAGCGAUGACAAAUUGCGAAAAGGGGUUCUUCUAUUUAGUUCGUGCGGUGAAGUGUUUCUGUGGGAAGACGCCAGACAUUUGUACGCUUUUUGUUGACAUCGCAAAGUGUAUGAAGUUUGACACCCUUAAAGCAGAGGACAACAAGUCGCAUUAUGUACACCGACUUGUGCAAUUGAUGAGAGAUUUCAAUGACUCUUGUUUUGAGCAUGGUGCCUCUAAAGCUCUUUUUGGGCUCUGUGAGUUGGGACUUAUAGAGAAGAGUGAGAUACCCAUAUUAGGUAAAAUAGCGUUAGAUUUAAUGAAGAAGUUCUCUUUAUUAACACCAGAUAAUGUUGAGACUGUUUAUUCUCUUGUUUACAUCAUUUCUGAAGUUGACUAUACAAGUGACGUUUGUGGAGAGAUAGUCAAGUUGGCUAUCAGCGAUGUACUUCCAUGGAUAUGUGACAAUCAAACGAAAAUUACUUCGAAUGAUGAAGAUAUUGAGAAGUAUGAUUUUCUUGUUCUUGUGUUAUUGGUGUUAUUCUGCAAAACAACGAUGACUGAAAAAAUGAAGAACAUAGUGCAACAAGUCAGAAAAGUAUAUGGGAGUGAAGCUGGGGAGAUUACCGAGUAUUGCGAUAAGUUACUAAAUUAA